AUGGCUCCUAUUCACCCCGAGAUCGCUUACGCAGAGCGAUGUAAUGCCAAUGAACCUGAGAAGAACAUCAUCUACUUCACUAUCAACACUCCUAACAUCCAAGGUGAACCUAAAAUAGAUAUCAAACCUACUGAAAUCUCUUUCGCUGCCAAAGCUGGAGACGCUUCAAAAGGUGUCCCAGAGAAAGAUUACGCCUUCGACUUACAACUGUACGAUGAGAUCAUCCCAGAGGAAACCAAAAAAGUCAUCACUUCCAGAGCCGUCGUUUUAGUUCUCAGAAAGAAAGAACCUAGAUCCGAAUACUGGCUCAGAUUGACAAAGGAGAAACCCAACAGAAACUGGAUCAAAACUGAUUUCUCCAAGUGGGUAGAUGAGGACGAACAAGAAGGUGCUGAAGAUCUUAGUGCCGGUAUGGAAGACCAAAUGGCUGGUAUGGGCGGUGCCGGUGGUAUGCCCGGCAUGGGUGGAAUGGGUGGUAUGGGUGGUAUGCCAGGAAUGGAAGGUAUGGGUGGAAUGGGCGGUAUGGGCGGUAUGGACUUCUCCAAGAUGAUGGAGCAAAUGGGUGGAAUGGGCGGUAUGGGAGGUAUGGGAGCUGGAGGAAUGCCCGAUUUCGGUGCAGGCGAUGACGAAGAUGAUGAAGGUGAUGAAGAAGUACCAGAUGAAGAAGAAAUCGAGGAAAUCGGUACUGAUAAAGGAAAAGGCAAAGAAGCCAGCCUUGACGACGUUGAGUAG